CUUAUGUGAUCGAUCAUUCCAUCCGCACGCCCAGUUUUCACCUACCAUCUGGUUCAAGUGUAAUGUUUCCAGCUCCGUCUAACCUGGACAGCGUCUGUGUCCUCCCCCUCAAGCGCAGCACGGUAUUAUGGUCCUCUAAUCAAGAGACCUGCGCUCCUCCCGCUGCGUGUCUCCUGGUUCAUCGGCAGAGCAGUGAGCUAAUCCUUCUUCAUCGGACGGCUCUCCGGAGCAGCUGUUUAGAGGAAUCAUUAACCAAUGGCAACAGGAAUCCAAGGAUAAAGUGAUUUCCCUUCUGUUAACUCACCUGCCUUUGCUGAAGCCAGGAAACCUCGACGCAAAAGUAGAGUAUAUGAAACUGCUGCCCAAGAUCCUGGCGCACUCUAUCGAACACAACCAGCACAUUGAGGAGAGCAGACAGCUGCUGUCCUAUGCUUUGAUCCACCCGGCCACUUCCUUAGAAGACCGAAGUGCUCUCGCCAUGUGGCUAAAUCAUUUGGAGGACCGUACAUCGACCAGCUUUGGCAGCCAGAACCGAGGCCGCUCGGACUCUGUGGAUUACGGACAGACGCACUACUAUCACCAAAGACAGAACUCAGACGACAGGCUUAAUGGGUGGCAGAACUCUCGGGAUUCUGGGAUUUGCAUCAGCGCCUCCAACUGGCAGGACAAAAGCCUGGGCUGUGAGAAUGGCCACGUGCCCCUCUACUCUUCGUCAUCUGUCCCCGCCACAAUCAACACGAUUGGAACCAGCACAAGUACGAUUCUCUCAGGCCAGGCACACCACAGCCCUUUGAAACGAUCUGUUUCCCUUACCCCACCCAUGAAUGUGCCAAACCAGCCUCUAGGACAUGGAUGGAUGUCUCAUGAGGACUUACGAGCUAGAGGACCCCAGUGCCUCCCAUCCGAUCAUGCCCCCCUGUCUCCACAAAGCAGUGUAGCCUCUUCAGGAAGUGGUGGGAGUGAACACUUAGAAGAUCAGACCACUGCUCGUAACACAUUCCAAGAAGAAGGUAGUGGUAUGAAAGAUGUUCCAGCUUGGUUGAAAAGCCUCCGCCUGCACAAAUACGCUGCUCUGUUCUCGCAGAUGACUUACGAGGAGAUGAUGGCCCUCACUGAGUGUCAACUGGAGGCUCAGAAUGUUACCAAAGGCGCAAGACACAAAAUUGUAAUCAGUAUUCAGAAGCUCAAAGAAAGACAAAAUCUCCUGAAGUCUUUGGAAAGGGACAUCAUCGAAGGGGGCAGCCUGCGCAUCCCCCUCCAGGAGCUGCAUCAGAUGAUUCUGACACCCAUCAAGGCCUACAGCUCUCCCAGUACCACUCCGGAGGCGCGCCGCCAUGAGCCUUCACUGAUGGGCCCGGAGAACCCCAGCACCGAUGGCAAAGAUGGUGCCGCAGGGGCCAACAGUGUCACCGCCAGUGCUUCAGCCGGCGCCAGCGGGGGGCUGCAACCACCCCAGCUCAGCAGCUGCGAUGGGGAGCUGGCUGUCGCCCCUCUGCCGGAGGGGGACCUCCCUGGGCAGUUCACAAGAGUCAUGGGAAAAGUGUGCACACAGCUCCUGGUCUCCAGACCCGAUGAGGAAAAUAUAAGUUCCUAUCUACAGCUCUUAGACAAGUGUCUCGUUCAUGAGGCAUUUACCGAGACACAGAAAAAAAGAUUGUUGUCAUGGAAACAGCAGGUGCAGAAGCUCUUUCGGUCUUUCCCUCGGAAAACCCUUCUAGACAUAUCAGGAUAUCGACAGCAAAGAAAUCGUGGCUUUGGGCAGUCCAACUCUCUUCCGACAGCCAGCUCUGUGGGCGGCGGCAUGGGCAGACGGAACCCACGACAGUACCAGAUUGCCUCUCGGAAUGUCCCUUCUGCUCGCCUUGGUCUCUUGGGCACCAGUGGAUUUGUUAGCUCCAACCAGCGCCACACCGCUGCCAACCCCACCGUCAUGAAACAAGGAAGACAGAACCUCUGGUUUGCCAACCCCGGGGGCAGCAACAGCAUGCCCAGCCGGACCCACAGCUCUGUCCAGAAGACCCGCUCGCUGCCCGUGCACACUUCCCCACGAAACAUGCUGCUGUUUCAGCAACCAGAAUUCCAGCUUCCUGUGACUGAACCUGACAUCAACAACAGGCUGGAGUCCUUGUGCCUCAGUAUGACAGAGCAUGCCCUGGGAGACGGGGUUGACCGGACCUCCACAAUCUAGAAACUGAAGAUGAGAGUGACCGCGCUGGCCGUGAAACCGACUGCUGCGGGCCCAGUGUCAGCCAUCUUCAGGGUUGCAUAGACUCUUCCAAGACACUUUGCAGCCUUUUUCCCCUGGUCCCUCGCCCAUUUUGAUUUUGUGAGAGCGUAGGUCAGCCUUGUAAACAUAUCAGUAGACCUGGGUUGGUCAUGUUGUCAUUUGUUUCUGUCAUGGGAUGGGACGGUAUGCAGGGUGGGGAGGGGAC